CUGCUGGUCUGUACUAGCUCAUCACUAAUAUAUUGGUGCCAUUGAAACAUUCAGCCUCAAUUUAUAGCGCUCAUGGUCAACUAAAGGGAUAGUACCAGACUUCACAAGUGGCAUCCAUUGUAGAAACUAGAACAAAAGUCCAUGUUUAUUAUCUGUGAAUAUAUAUAGUACCGAUUACUCCGUGUUUAGUUUCUCUCUCCACUCGGUCAACUUAUUUGGUGGACAGGAUUUAUUGUUGAUGAGGACUUUAUUGAAUCUGACCUUCACGAAGUUCACAAAAAGAUAGUUCCUUUCCCAUACUCUCCAAAACCUACGUCUUAGAAUAAGCUGGUACUUCGGUUAUUCAAAAUACUUCGACCUUGUACUCUAAGUAUUCUGAAUUAGACAUAUUUCUACUGGGUCAUUAUGUAUGGUACUUUUUCACCUCAGAUCGUACUACUCAGACGACUACACAUUCACAAUAAACCUACCUUCUUAUAAUGAACCGACUUUGGGCUUAUAAUUUGGUGACCGGUUGUCGAUCACUUCAUGUUUCUUUACCUCACAACACCAUGUCAUAUACGAAGGAACCGAAACCACUCCCUUGGAGUGAUGAUAAAAAAAUCCACUUGGAUGGGCUAAACGUCUAUUCCGAAUGCAAGAACCUCAACAAUUGCUCAACCAAUCGAAGGAACCUCCUUUACUGCAUAUGAUCUGUCGGCUAAAGCCUAUGAAGGGAGUUAUUCACUACCAGAGAGCCAUCCUUGAAAAAUAUGGUCUUGGAAAGGACACAAAAAAUCACAACUGGGUAGUCGUUAAGAAUACUCCAUCAGUCAACCGAGAUUUAUACGAGAUAAAACAUCUUAUUCGGAUACAGCCUGUUAUUUUCGAGAACGGGUUACCAACUGAAUCUGAUUUACUUGCCUGUAGACUGCUUCCAGAUGGCAGAUUUUUCAGACAUCGGGGUCUUUCUGUUGAUUCUCAGUUAUUGGAUUCUUCAGAACCGAACCAAACAAACCUAUCGGUGUACAAUCCUAAUCGACCUUAUGAUUUAAAAGCUUUAUUACAUUCUAAUGAAGAAAAUUUCAGAUAUCUAAGCAGUGCAUACCUAAGAAGGUGGCACAACAAAAGAUGGGCCAAUCAUGACUUCUUCAAGGAGUUUUUCACUUCACACUACAAAUACAAACUUAAUCAAGAUGGAAAUGAAUAUCGUUAUAGUGGUCUUUCGCGAUUAGACAAAGCAAUAACUCAUUCACUUGAGUCUAGAAGAAACCCCGAUGGAACUCUUAAGCAGCCAAACUGCAAUCGUUUUGAUGCUGAUUGGAAUACUUAUCCUUGGUCAAGAUAUUAAAAUUUAAACCUGUUGGUUUAGGAUUUUCUUGCCAUGAUCGUUUCGAGCUGUGUACAAGUAUUUGAUAUAUUUAAGAAUAAAAUCCAGUCAACUAUCACCUUUGACUUCAAUAAUGUUACUCCAUAAUUAUUCUGCAAACUUAUAGCUUAUAUUAUUAUAGUAUUUCA